UUAGCUGAGAUAUCGAAGUUAUACCGUUACCUUGGUCGUCCUUUCUAAUGUAACCUUUAAGCGUACGCAAUAAAAUGCAUUAUUGCAUGUGAAAGUUGUUCUGUAGUGCAUAUCGUUUAAAGACCCAGUGAGUGUCGGAAGUGAAUUCAAUCAGGCCGUGGAAUGUUUUCUUAGAUUAGACUUGUUGUUUAGUCUAGAUUUAUGGCAUGUAGUAUGUGUUUAGAUAUUGUUUUGAAAUUGUCCUGAUAAGUUUGUUAUUCUAUUCAUUAGUUGUGUGAAAGACACAAACUAAUUCAAAAUGAAGCUCUUAAAGAACACCUUGACCCUUCGGCAUGGUCACCGGAAGAAGUUGAGCCGCUGUGUCAGCACCUGGUCUCCACUAGCGACUGCAUUUAACACCAGACCUACUUCAAGACCUAUUUUUGAUUCUUUGAGGGAAAGGACAGGACUCUUCAACAAACCAGAGUUGGUCAGUUUUGAAGGCUUCUCAACACUGAAAGAGCAGGCCAUUGCAGCAACUGACCGCUUGAUAGAAGAAGCUACUUCCAACCCCAACCGUCCCAUGGUGGAGAUAUUUGAUGAGCUAUCCGACACCCUGUGUAAGGUCGCUGACCUUGCUGAGUUUGUGAGGAUUGCACACCCUCAGUCACAUUUUGCGAGUGCUGCAGAAGAUGCUUGUAUCAGUGUUAGUGGGGUUGUUGAGAAAUUAAACACACACAAGGGCCUUUACGAAGCUUUACGAGAUUCAGUAAAGCGCGGCACAUCGGGAGACCAGCACCUUGCCGAGUUGUUCCUAUUUGACUUCGAGCAGAGCGGCAUACAGCUGGCUGAGGAACGACGCCGAAGGGUGGUGGCGCUCAAUGAUCUCAUUCUGCAAACUGGGCAGAGGUUCAUGGCAGGAGCUGCGAAGCCGAGGAGAGUUCCAAGGGCAGCUGUGCCCGCUAAUGUCAGGCAGUUCUUCAGCAGCGACGGUGACGAUAUAAUAGUGAGCGGAGUAUACGCGGAAUGCGGUGACGCGGCGGCGCGGGAAGCCGCCUACCGUCUGUACCUCGCGCCUGAUAAGCAGCAGCACCAGCUACUGUCCGUCACCCUGGAGGCGAGGCAUGAGAUGGCCUCUAUUUGUGGAUUCCCCAGUUAUGCUGACAGAGCAAUAAAAGCAAGUACAAUGGAAACAGCAACAAACGUGCGACAAUUCCUCGACAUCCUCUCAGAUAAUCUGUACGACAGAGCCAAAAUGGACUUCGAUGCUAUGCUCAAAAUGAAGAAGCAGGAAACUCCUUACCUGGACCGGUUAAUGUGCUGGGACACUCCAUACUUCACUCAUAAGGCGAAGACACAGCUACUGAACGUUGCUAACUCAGAUUUCAGCCCUUAUUUCUCACUUGGAGGCUGUAUGGAAGGGCUCAAUAUGUUGUGUGAAGAGUUGUAUGGGAUCAGUUUGAAGCCCGAAGAGAUGUUACCAGGCGAGUCAUGGUCUCCCGACGUGUACAAGUUGGCGGUGGUGCAUGAAUCUGAAGGUCUACUGGGCUAUAUUUACUGUGACCUGUAUGAGAGGCCUGGCAAGCCGCACCAAGAUUGUCACUUCACUAUACAGGGAGGAAAGUUGCUACCUGAUGGCUCUUAUCAGAACCCAAUCGUGGUAGUGAUGCUAUCACUUAGCGGCGGGCACCGCUCGGGGCCGGCGCUGCUGUCAGCGGGCGGCGUGGACAACCUGUUCCACGAGAUCGGCCACGCGCUGCACUCGAUGCUGGGCCGCGCGUCGCACCAGCACGUGGCCGGCACGCGCUGCGCCACCGACCUCGCCGAGGUGCCCUCCGUGCUCAUGGAGUACUUCGCCAGCAGCCCGCAGGUUAUCCGUCGCUUUGCUCGCCACUUCCAAACACGGGAACCUAUGCCAGAAGACAUGUUACACAGACUAUGUGCAUCAAAGCAUCUGUUUGGAGCUAGCGAGAUGCAACUUCAGGUAUUCUACUCAGCGCUGGACCAACACUACCACGGAUCUGACGCAUCGUGGCGUGGUAGUACAACAGAAGUAUUGCAGAAAGUGCAGAAACAGUACUAUGGACUUCCUUACGUUGAAAAUACUGCAUGGCAGCACCGCUUCAGCCACCUGAUCGGCUACGGCGCGAAGUACUACUCGUACCUGAUCUCGCGCGGCAUCGCCUGGAGCAUCUGGCACAAGUACUUCCAGGAACAGCCGCUGUGCCGCACUGCGGGCGACAACCUGAGGCAUCAGCUGUUAAGGCAUGGAGGGGCUGUGCCGCCUAAGAUAUUACUCCGCGACUACCUACAAGAGGAGGUUACGCCGACCACACUAGCAAACGCGCUCGCUGAAGAACUCGACCAUCACAAGGACCACCUCGACACCGUCUUCAAAAUACUCAACAAAUGAUCUACACACACACA